CGUAUCUCUUCCUCUCUCUUACUCCUUCUCUCUUCUAGCCUUUGGGCCCAGCGUUGCGUAGCACGCCCUUCUCUCUCUUGUCAAUUUAUUGUCUUUUCAUCUCACAUUCGCAUUUUUUGCUAUAAUGUCUACUGAGGCCACCGCUGCUGUUCCCGUCCCCGCUGAGGAAGUCAAGGUUGUCGACACCCCCGCCGUCGACCCUGUACCUGAGACCCCUGCUGCUGAAGAGGCAGCUCCCGCUACUGAAGCACCAAAGGAGGAAGUCACGGCCGAGGUGAGCCGUUUAUGCGGUCACCUUUGUUUCGUUGGUUGACGUGUUUUUUUCAGGAGUCUGCUCCCGUCGCCGAAGCUGCUCCUGAGGCUCCCGCUGAACCCGCUAAGGAGGAGGUCAAGACUGAGGUAAAGAAGGAGGAGCGCCCAAAGAGCCCUGGCCUUCUUGCCAAGCUUCUUGCCCCCUUCAAGGAAGGCAAGAGCAAGGUCGAGAAGAAAGUCAAGGCUCCUAAGAGUCCCAAGAAGGAAAAGAAAAAGGAGGAAUUGAAGGAGGAGGCCGCUCCCGUUCCCGCCGCUGAGGAGCCUGCCAAGGAAGAGGCGCCUGCCGCUGAGGCAGUGGUUGAGGAGACACCUGUUGUCGCUGAGCCUCCCAAGGCUGAGGAGGUUGCAGCUGAACCAGUAAAGGAAACUGAGACUGCCGCUGCCGAGGCUCCCGCUGCAGAGCCUGCAUCUGAGCCCGCCCCUGAGACUCCAGCUGAGGCUCCGAAGGAGGAGAAGGAGGAGAAGAAGGAGAAGGAAAACAAGGCUGCCAAGGUUGGACGCCGCUUGUCUGCGCGCGUUAGUGACCUCUUCAGAGCCAAGCCGAAGGCAGAGCUCUCGACUCCUGCCAAGGUGGACGAGCACCCACCCAUGAUCGAUGAGCCUGCUCCGGUUGCUCCCCUCGAGAACCCUGCCAGUUCGGAGGCUGCUCCCGCUGAAGUUGCUGCACCUGUCGCUGAGGAGACCAUUGUCGCCGAGCCCGCCGCUGUUGCCACCCCUGUGAUCUCGGCUGUCGCAUAAGCGGUUGAUUCGAGGCUGUUGGUAAUAUCAUGAACGACACGAGCGCAUAUUCAUCAGCUCUUCUUUAUUCCUUUGGUAUGUUGAGCAGCCUUUCUCGCUGCACUUGAUUUUGGCCACUAUCAGGAUCCCUUCAUUCGCUCCCCUCAUGUCUUUACCCUCUUCUGCUACCAUACUCGUUGGAUCCGGUCUUUGCUUCUUUUCACGACCUACUCAUCAUGACUACAUUCCGAUCCGUGUUUCCACUACCUAAUGUCGAUCUUGAUCAUUGAUACCCUUACUUUGCUAUGGUCGGAUCAGUUAUCCAUGUCAUUAAAGUUCUCUCUUGUAAUGAUGUUGGAGGGUUGCAUGAACAUCAAGAAAUUCCUUGAGCUCAAGCACCCUUUGGGCGAGUUAAGGUGUGACUCGACUUGAAUUAUGGUAAUAUUGAUACAUCAACAAAUUGGACAACUCUUCACC